CAGGGGGCGACAAACCUCUCACAGCCGCUUCUCCAGUCCGGAGACAUACGAGCAUAGAGAGCAAACAUGGCGGCGUCGCUGGUGCGGUUUGUCCGCGGGGGUCUUGGAAGGAGUUUUAACAUUGCGAGGACUUCAUGUCUCCUUCAGCAGCAGACCAGACUGCAGAGCUCCACUACUGAGAGCAGACCCACUGUCAGGCCCAAAGAUGCUGUUACUCACAACCAGCUGGCAGCGUUUGGAGAGUAUGUGGCCGAGAUGAUGCCCAAAUAUAUCCAGCAGGUCCAGGUGACCUGUUAUAAUGAGCUGGAGGUGAUGAUCCAUCCUGAUGGAGUGAUCCCAGUGCUGACCUUCCUGAGGGACCACACCAACGCUCAGUUCAGGAACAUGAUUGAUCUGACUGCUGUCGAUAUCCCAACACGACAAAAUCGCUUUGAGAUUGUGUACAACCUGCUGUCAUUGCGCUACAACUCUCGCAUCCGUAUCAAGACGUACACAGAUGAGCUAACACCAGUGGACUCUGCGGUCCCCGUCCACAUGGCUGCCAACUGGUAUGAGAGGGAGGUAUGGGACAUGUUCGGUGUGUUCUUCGCCAACCACCCAGAUCUAAGGCGUAUUCUGACAGACUACGGCUUCGAGGGUCACCCCUUCAGAAAGGACUUCCCUCUGUCGGGAUACGUUGAGGUGCGUUAUGAUGAUGAGCUGAAGCGUGUAGUGGCCGAGCCCGUAGAGCUGUCACAGGAGUUCAGGAAGUUUGACCUGAACACGCCCUGGGAGGUGUUCCCCGCCUACAGAGAGCCCAAAGAGGCUGCACCCAAACUGGAGGCUGGAGACAAAGCCCCUGAGAAGAAGUGAUAUCCCUUCAGUUAGUCUCCACACGCCCACCAUCAUUACCAUCAUCAUCGUGUUCUGUCUGUUUGUGUCAUUCUGGGACUCAAACCUUCCUGAACAAAACCCUCCUGAAAUAUUUAUGUAAAUAAAAUACUAAUAAAACAAUCUUUAAAUGGUU